AUGAAGCUGUUUGCAGUUCUUUUGGUGACGGCGAUUGGGUUUGGGUCCCAUUGGAGCAGCGGUGUGACAGCGGCAAUGAAGAGCACACUGAAAAAGCAAUUACACAUCAACAACGCCAAAUAUGCUGUUCUGGAGGCAAGCGAAGAUUUCAUGAAAACGGCUCUCAUCCUUGUAAGCGGUCUUGUCACGGAUAGAAUUGGUGGUGCAAAUGCUAUGCUUUACGGCAACGCCAUCUAUAGUGUUGGUGCCAUAUUCAUCGCUGCUGCGACAACGGUCCGUUCCUACAAAUUCAUGAUAUUUGGGGUUGUCGUACAGGCGUUUGGAGACAUCGCUACCCAGGUCGCCCAGUACAAAAUAUUCAGCUCGUGGUUCGCGCCUUCCAACGGUUUCGCUUCUACGCUUGGAUUCGAGCUGGGAAUAGGAAAGAUCGGAUCCUUCGUUGGCAAAGCGACCGCCAAUGUCAUCGCAAAGAAGACUGGAGACUUUAGCUGGGUGUAUUGGACAGCGGUCUUCAUGAACCUUUUCACCAACUUCAUGACACUCAUCUAUUGGUUCUUCGCGCGAUGGUGUAUGAGAAUUUAUGCCGGUACUGCUGAUCCAGCAACGGGUGAAAAGUUGACGGAGAGCAACAAGAAGUUUGAAAUCGGAAAAACUUUAAGGCUUCCCUGGACAUUUUGGGGGGUCGUUGCCUUUUCACUUUUCCAAACAAGCACAGCAAUCGUUUACUCGCAGAAUGCCACCGAGAUGGCUGAACUACGUUUCAAUAUUGAUGCAGUGACAGCUGGGUGGUACUCGGCCAUGUCGCAAUACUUGGGGUUUUUCUUGGUACCGUUAAUUGGUAUUUUCGUCGACCUGCUUGGGAAUCGCCUAUCCCUUAUGCUGUUCUGCGGCCUGGGCAUGCUUAUUUCCAUGUGCUUAGCCGCCUGGGGUCCAACCAUUGGUGGGACAGCGGCUUCGUUUGGCAUAUUCGGCGUUGCAUCCAUGUUCGGGCCAACCGUCAUCGUCGAUUCCAUCCGCACAUCCAUGUGGUAUCAGGAAGUCUUUGGUUCAGGAUAUGCGAUCAAAAUUGCUGUGAACAACAGCAUGAACAUCAUCAUCCGCAUCAUCACCGGUGUCAUCCAGGAUCGCGAUAACAACUCCUAUGAUAAUGUGGUCAUUGUGUAUGUGGUUUUCGCGGCUGGAUCUGUUGUCGUCGCGGCUGCCCUUGUGGCAUGCGGCGUCUCCAAUCCAGACAUUGGCCACCUACAAUGGACUCGAAAAAAUAGACUGAGAAACGGCGAUAUGAUCAACGAGCGGAAGGAGGCGUUCGCCAAUGGGGCCCAAGGCAGGAAGAAUCGACGCGUCAGCAUGGCUUUGUUCACUGUACUUCUGUUCCUCAUCGCCGGUGCAUGGGCGGCGUAUUUUUGGGGUGUCGCUACCGGAAACAACAAGUAA